GCCAGGAAGCUAUUUCUCAGUAAAGGACCUCUCAUUUACAAACUACUGCACAUGCACAAAGACAACUACAAACCUUCAGACCUGAUCAGUGAGACUGUGCAAUGGACUUACCCUCUGUGACCACCCAGCCUCUUCCCUUUGGUCUGGAGAGGGAGAAACAUAUUGACAUGCUCUUCAGAGCUUUCCACAGACAGAUCAGACCUACUACAGACACUCAGGAUCUUUCACUCUCUGCACUGGCUGUAGGCCCUGAGACCGGAAACAGAGUAGAAGAUGACAAGGCGAGAGCUGGAGGGAAAGAUACAGACAGUGAGGGUAAAAGACUGGCAAAACUAGCUGUUCUGAGAACAGUCACUCGUCUCCACAUUACUGCCAGACCAGAGCUGCAAGGUCCACGGUGUGUAUCCCGAAGAACCUACAGCAUUGCCUCGGAAACCAGAGAUCAGCUCUUUGUGGCUGUGGAGGAGUGCUCAUGUGUUUGCUUGCAGUGCUGUGGUCCAGCUCGAUCCUGCUCACUACAAGGCUUUGAUAAGGAUGCAGAGUGCGUCUUCCUGUUUGAGAAACCCCUGAGGGCGGAGAUGUGCUGGCUUGGGUGCUACCUGAUGGAAAUGAGGGCUUACACACCAGACAGGGAACUCAUUGGGACAGUUCACCAAAGGUGGAGUAUGUUCACGCCGUAUUUCGAGGUCUGUGACUCAGAGGGUAUCUCGCUUGUGAGGAUCCAAGGUUCCUGCUGUAAUACACGCUGCCUUGCUGAACAAGAGCUCCAGGUGGUGUCCAGUAUCGGUGAGAGUAUUGGGCGAAUAUGGAAGAGGUGGCCUGGAUAUAAUGAGGAAUGUAACAUGGAUCAUAAUUACUUUGGACUGGAUGUACUUCAAGGAAUGAGUUUGAACACCAAAGUGUUGUUGCUAUCUGCAACCUUUCUCCUGAAUCAUAUGUUUUUUGAGAUGAGCUGAGUGGAAAGAUCUCUCAGGUCGCUCAAGAGCAAAAAUGUUAAGAUUUCAGACUUGCUAACAUCACCUCUGUGACUGAUUGGAGAACGGCUUGAACUCUGCAAUAUAAAAACAGCGCAUUACUCAUAACAAGAUGGAGCGCACUGCAUCAUCAUGUUUCUAUGACAACCACAAUGAACAUGGAUGGGCGAUGCUUGCUGUACACUUAAAUGUGUACAUCAAGAAUCACUGUACAGAAGCUUCUUCACACCUUUGAAAAAACUGAAAUUGGCCUUAAAUGUAAUGUAAAGUACUCUGCAGUACAGAACAUAGUAUUAAUUGUAUGUUCAACACACUCUUUUAGUAUGUAUUUCUAGAUAAAUAACAAAUGGUCCUUGAUAUUUUUAAUAUAGGCUACAAAAAUAAAGGAAUUAUUUCUUGAAAGAUAUUUACUGGAUAGAUUAAAUUCAGUAUUUCAGAUUCAAUCCCCUGUAGGGGAUUUGUAUAGCACACUUUAAGCCCAGGUUACAUCAGUAAAUUUCAUUGGAAUUCUUUUUUUUUUUUUUUUUUAAGUGGGUAGUUGACAUGAAAUACUUAUGGAAAGUUGUCCUGUGGUGUGACAUGAUACACUCCAUCUAAAAAUAUUUGUAACCACAUUUUGCUAAUUAUUUUUUAAUAAUUAUUAUGCAUGCAGAUUUUAUGGCCUCACAUUUGUUGAGACUUCAUACAAUAUUUGUACUUUUAAAAACUCAUGUAACACACCAGGACCAUUUUAAAUAAACUAGAAGGUAAAAGGGUUAUUAAAAGUGAUGAAAAACGUAAAACAAAUGUUGACUAGUUACAGGACCGAAGUCAUAUUCAAAAACACCUUACAUUAAUGUUGCAUUCAUUAACUACAUUGUUAGUUCAAGUUAACCAAUGAACAACACCUUUCCAACACUUAUUAUUCUUGGUUAUUGUUAAUUGCAAAAUAUAUUAGUUCAUUUUUCAACAUUACAGUUGCAUAUUUUAAUUAUAGUUAGAGCAUUAUAAACAAACAUGAACUAAUCAACAUUAACUUAAUGAACAUUAUUAAACCUCAAGCAUUUACUAAUGUUACUGAAAAUAACCUUACC